UACCCUCGAAAGAAAGCAUAGUCCGACUAAGCAAAGAUUCGAAUUAUACCAUCAUGUAAACACACUGACUGUGUCCAGUCCCCUAGGUGUAUAUCAUUAACUCGCCUCGGCUUCAGAUAACAUUUAAACAAGGCAUCUUUGCUGUGUCCUUGAAGUGGGCAUUCCGCAGAACACAUCGGCUGUUGUAAAUCAUUACACUGGGCAGGAAGAUGUGAACAUUCUCUCAUUUCAACCUUGCCAUUACGGCACCGUUUGUGUGGUGAUGUACAGUCCGGCAUGCGAAUAGUCACACGACACAGUGGGUCCGCUAGAUGGCAGGUCUCGCAUGUGCACUUGGCAUCCAAGUGCAAUUUGUCGUACUUCUUCCAGGCUUCAGUUUCUCUAAAUUGUCCGUUGCAGUGCUCCAGGUCAAAAGGGUACAGGGUUCACCAGGAGUUUUGGUCGGAACACUUGGCCCUGCACAGACCAGACAGUUUGUGGAAUGUGUGUUCUUUAGUAGGUGCUCAGUGUGGCGUUCUGCAAAUUGCCCGGUUUCUAACGGGCCUUCUGUGCCACUGUUCAUGUUCACUAGCUGUUCAUGUUGAGGAAGAUAGUAUUCAACAUGACAAAAAGUAAUAGGCCAUCACAGAGUAGCGUGCCAACAGGGAUUGUGGAAUGGAGGCAAAGUUAACAUCUUUAAUAGGAUAAUAGGAUUAACUGAGUUGUGUCUGUUUAGGAUGUUAGGAGGUUUUGUAUGAAUCAUUUCUUUGUUUGAGUUGAUUGAUUUUGUAAUGAGUGGGUACUAUUUCAGGGGAGGGGCUUAGCCUUUGUAGAAUCUUGGCUGAGACUUACCUAGAGAGAACUCUCCUCUGCACAACCUUUGGUCAUCUUGGCCACACAUACCAUCAGAGUUUAUAGCACAAAAGCCAUAAGAAAACAAAUCUAGACUAUAAUAUUACAUCAAGUCAACUGACGUAUGUAAAUAGUUUAUUGGUCACAUGGCAAAACGUAGUUUGGGCAAACAGAACUGCCCCAGAUGCGUUACUGGUUACUGGUAAGAGCAGCAGUUUUCAUGGCGUUGCAUAAAGCUGUAACUUGCUUGUUAUGUCCUAGGGCUAACCCUAGACAAACUCAGAGAAGGCCUUGAUUGAUGACAGUUCCAAUAUUAAAUGCAUCUUCAGACAAAACCUACACCCUUGAGGUUGCUAAACAUGUCCACUUAUAAGUAUACUUUCUGUUGAACCUUUUUUGUUCUGAAAUUGUAACUACCUUUUUGUGUCUAUGUUUUCUGUUUUAGAUGCUGGUACGUUUGACUCAGCAAAUUGCGAUGCGGACAGACACUCUCAGAUCACCAGGUGGUAUGUGAAUUCUACAGUGAAGACCACAAGUGAAUUUGUGAAUUAAUAAUAAUAAAUAAACUUGCAUUUCAAACUGAUGUAACAUUGUCCGUUGUCAUUUCUGUAGGCUAUUAUAUGAGGUAAAAUAGGCUAAUGUAUGUUUUUAAUAACAUUCGUCCUGGCUGUAUAUGAAACUGGACAGGAUUGUCGCAGUAUCAAUAGUAAUUUGCUGUGAUUUUAAAAUCAGUUGAUACCAUUGAUAUUCUGUUGAUGUUUUAGCUGUAAUUUUAGUGUCGUUUCAAUAUUGACUGAGGGUGCAAAAAUGAGAGUUUGCCAUUGAUUCAAUUAACGUUGACAGGACAUUUGUGUAAGCAACAGUACAUCUGAGUGCAGACUGCAAACAAACAGUUUUGAGCAGGAGCAAAGUCAUUCAGAGAGAGGACAGGUUUUGAGGGAAAACAUAAAUACAUAAAUAAAUGAUCAAAUUGAAAGACCAUGCUCUUGAUUAUAGAUAGGGGGAAAACCUAGGUCUAGAUCUAAAUAGCAGCUGUGAACAUGUUUAAUCAUGCAAACAUGUCGGUUCUAAAGAGUUUCGUACAGGAAUGUGACCGGAUUGCCUACUGCCCUAAUGGUGCCAAAUUAAUCUGUACAAAUGUGGGACCUUUCCAGAUAUAUAGAAUAUUUCUGGGGUAUGUGUUUUCAAGGUAUUCAAUUCAAACCCAUGGUUUGAAAAUCCCAGCCAGUGUUAUAUGGAAAAAGUUAGUUGUCAGCACACCAACAUCAUAGCUGUCUGGCCCAUAGCUUUGGUGUGAAAAUAUGCAGCGGUCCAGUAGAAUGUUGUUUAUGUUGUCAUGUCAUGCCUUUUGUCUUGGUCUAUUUCUGUUUAAAUCAUAACAUAAAUCAUAACAUACAUUUCCAAGCAUUGAAAUAACUAAAAACAGUGCUCACAUUGUUUUUAGUAAAUUACAUUUAAUUUGUCAUUUUAUUUGCACAAUAUAAAUCAUACUCAAGAUUCUCAUUCAUACUUUUUUCAUUCAUUCAUACUGUAAUAUAUAUUAGACUUUUAACAUACAUACUUUCUUUCUUUCAGGGCAAUUGUCGGUCAGAAAGGGGAGAACCUGAACAAAGCAGUCCACUGAGUCGAAAGUAUUUCUAUAAUGGAACUCAAACAUCACAUAGUUAGCGUGGAAAUCCUGCUAAAACUCCAUAGCCUACAUAGAUAUUGGCUUUAACAGAUCAGUCUGGAAAACUUGAAAGACCACAGAAUGGUUGGGAUGAUCCGACGGGUCCAUAAAUGGCAUUUUUUGCAUCUGCUUUCCACUUGUCUGGUUUUGUCAGGGAUCAUGGUUUGUUGGGACAAACUAAGUGUGAUCCCUUACCACUACCUCGGCCUAGGCCCCAGUUUCAAAAUCAACAGCUGGACUAUCAGCAGGGAGGAAGCUUGUAAAUUUAGUGACCACCACUAUUUGAUAAACCACAAAGACAAAUGUGAGUCUGAUAACGUGUUGCUCCUUCUUUUUGUCAAGAGUUCCCCUCAGAACUUUGCCCGUCGUCAAGGGGUACGGUUGACCUGGGGUAAUGAGAGCUAUAUUGAGAGUGAGCUGGGUGUGUCUGUGAAGGUGCUGUUUGUUUUGGGGGUCCAUUCACAGCCCGAGAGCAGGAGGCUGAUCCAGAGUCAGUUAUAUCAAGAGGACCAAAAGUACCACGACUUGAUCCAGCAGAGCUUCAUUGAUUCCUUCCACAACCUCACCACCAAACUACUUCUUCAGUUCAACUGGGCGCACACCCACUGUAGUCUUGCUCAAUUUCUAAUGUCCACUGAUGACGACAUGUUUAUUCAUAUGCCUAACCUGGUCCAUUACCUUCAGCAGGUGAACCAGGUGGGUGCACGGGACUUCUGGGUGGGCAGAGUGUUCAUCAAUUCUGGGCCAGUACGCUAUAAGAGCAACAAGUAUUAUGUGUCACCUCAGCUGUAUCCAUGGGUCACUUAUCCAGCCUACACAGGAGGAGCAGCAUAUGUGGUCUCCAGAGAUGUGGCCUCGCGAAUACACCAGGCUUCACUUACACUUAAUGCUUCAAUCCACAUUGAUGACGUUUUUAUGGGGAUCUGUGCCCUUGUUAUAGGGGUGACCCCAGAGGCACACGAUUUUUUCUCAGGUGAGAGAAAGUCUCCUUACCAUCCUUGCAUCUACAAACAAAUGAUAACGUCUCAUGGACAUGAGACAGACCUUCAGGAACUCUGGAAGAAGGCAACUAGCCCUGAGGUUCAGAAUGUGGACUCAGGCUUUACAGGCAAGCUGUACUGCUCACUAACAAAAUUGAGGCUCCUUUGCAGUCCAUUCAACUUAAACACUUAUCCCUGCAAGCCAUCAACUAUUUUCUAAGGUUGGGAUUUUGAUGGACAUUGUCAUCUGCCAUCAUCAACAAAGAAAAUUAAUAGAAAACUGUAUGCAUUUCUCACAACUAGUGAACAUAAGGUUUUAUAAUUUGCACUGAUUGAUCUUAUCACACAUUUUCUUAUUUGCUGUUUUUAUUGACUAGCUCUGUACAUCCUGUGAAGUCCUAAGACAUAUUUGAGGAACAUUUCUUUGCUUGACACAGAACACAUGAUGUUUUGAAAUUAGCAAAUGUUAAAAUUCUGGAAUGUGUAGUAUUAUAAUAUUGGAAUUACAAGGGAAUGCCUGUGUGCGAUAUUGAAAGUCAUAGCAACACUGUGAAAACACUGUCUGAGCGGUCUUCAUUAGGUUCUGGUUGAGAGCUGAAGCUGCAAUGAAGACAGAAUCAGGAAAAGAGAAAAAUAAAGUAUCCUUAUCUGGAGCACUGAAGCAAAGGGACAGUCUGAACAUUGAUUACUUACAGUCUUGAUGAUGACUGAUGAGAUGUUCAAAUCAUUGUACAAAGUCUGAAAUUAGUAUGAUUGAGUACAAUUUUUACCAUAGAUGCAAGGAGGCCAAAAUGGCAGCUAAGUUUUAGGCCAAGUUGCUGGCCAGUCGUGUUUUGUAGUUCUUGAGACUGCUGGUGCGUUAAUGUGAAAGAACUUUUACUUGUGAAUAAAGAUUAUUUUAGGUAA